AUGGCUCCCUCCGUCGGCGAAACAAACCUGACCGCACUGCUCGCGACCAUGCAGCCGGUCCUUCAGCCAGACACCUACGUCUUCCUCACCUUCCCGCCUUCGGUGCAGCCCCCCGCGAUGCUGCCGACGACGUUGACCUUCGCCGAGUCUGAAGGCACAACCGUCAUCACGACGCGUGCCACCGCGGAGGCGCACGGGCUCACGGACGUGCACUUUCCCUCGCGCAUGAUCACGCUGCAGGUGCACUCCAGCCUGGAAGCCGUCGGGUUCCUCGCGACGAUCACGGCUGUGUUGUGCCGCCGCAAGGGCAUGGCAACCAAUGUCGUGAGCGCGUUCUUCCACGACCACAUUUUUGUUCCUGAGGCGAAGGCGGAGGAAGCAAUGGAGGUUCUGCGGGGUUUGGUGGAAGAUGCGCAGGUAAAAAUCGCUGUGGAGAAGAUGCAGUGA